AUUCUGGUUGCAAAAGGUUGUUUAUACCGGAAGCGCAGCUGUUUCACUUAUCAGUCGGUCUUUUCCCACUGAUUUAUUAAUUAAAACAGUAAAUAAUGUCGCCGUUCAGCAGGUAGCUGAGGAUGCUGGUCAGCUACAGCAGCUCGGAGAAGGACGGUGAGGCCGACAGUGAAGCGGCAGCGACGGCUACAAACAACCGAAGUUCCCCUGGAAGGAGGAGAGAGGAGAAGGAGGAUGAUAGUUUACCUGCGAGCAAGAAACUCAAAACGGAGGAAGAAGCUCCUAAAAGCAGACUUCCUCUCCCCGGCUGCCUGCUGACCAUGUUUCCAGAUGAAGUGGAUCCACAGACUGACGACAGCUCCCUCCACGGCGGACGCAUUCGCUCCUUCAAACACGAGAGAGGAAACUGGGCCACCUACGUUUACUUUCCAUACCGUCCUGAGGAGGAGUUCGACGAGCUGCUGGAGGAGCUGCUGGCGGCGGCGGCUAACCGAGGCGUGGCUUUAACCCUGCAGAAGGAGUUCCACCUCAGCUUGUCCCAGACGGUGGUGCUCAGACACCACUGGAUCCAACCCUUCACUCAGAGCCUCAGGGCAGGACUGGCAGCCUGCAGGAGGUUUGUGUGUUGUGCGUGGAGGCUUAGGGUCUAUUGUAACGCAGAGAAGACGAGGACGUUCCUGGGGAUGGAGGUCUCUACUGGGCACGCUCAGUUGCUGGAUCUGGUGCGAGUUGUGGACAAAACGAUGACGGAGUUUCACCUGGAAACUUUCUAUAAGGAUCCUUCGUUCCACGUCAGUCUGGCCUGGUGUGUUGGAGACCAGACCCUGAAGAUGAAGGAGUUCAUACUGGAGCUGCAGAGUUUUGUCGACGACCACGACGACGGAGCGUUCAUGCUGAGGCUGGACUGUGCAGAGCUCCGCUGUCGGACUGGAAACAAGACUUUUCGUUUCCCUCUGGAGACCUAAAAACAGGACAGAAACUGUAAAACUUCCCACAAUGCAAAUCUGCGAGGAGGAUUCAUCAGUUUCUAUCCAGAUGUUACUCAAAUGUUAACUGUGAGGACGAGAACCCCCUCAGAAAACCCAUUUUAGUCCCUUUUAAUCAACAGUUUCUUGUCUUUUCUGCCUUAUUUAAUACUGUAAAUGAAUAAAGCUGGUUUUAUAUUUA